GCAGUAAGUCCUCGCUCGGCGCACACCUAUGACGCCAUCUGUUGUCAUCCGCGGAAGCAGCUCAAACAAAAUCGUUUGUCCAUAACUAUUUUUUUAUUUUUUAUUUCACAGCGUAUUUAAAGUACAUUAAAAAUUUCCGCGCAGUUUCCUGCAGGACUGAAACUCAGUUGAUACUGCAGAGUGACAUGGACAAAACAGGCUUGCCCCCGGUGGGUCCUGAUGACUUGCCCCUGUCUCUGCUGGAGAUGGGCUGCUCGGGGAGAUUUGAGCUCAUCACACACCCCCUGCCCAAAAACAGACCCCUGCCUCCACACAGCACGCUUCCCCAUGGCCUCCCUCCUACUUGUCUGGAUCUGAAAACAGAGGUAGAGAAGCGUUUUCUGCGAGACCCUGCUUGGCUCCCGGUGCACGAUGUGGAUGAUGCCUUCCACAAGUUCCUUAAGAUAAGUGCGCGAGACAGAGAGGUGGAGUCUCUCCUGCACUGCUCACUGUCUCCACUGCACUCCGGUCUGUCUGUGGUCAGAGACCCCACCACCGGCCUUAUUCUGUAA